AUGGUCACCUGUGUGAGCAGAACGUCAGCCCGGUACCUCCACGGAAUCUGGCAGAUGCUGGCUGGUGCGAGGAUCGGGGAUGCGGUCUGCUCGUACUGGACCCACCUUCUGAAACACGAAGCGCGUGCGGCGCCCUCUGCUGGCUGCCGCGUCCCUCCACUCGGUCAGCCAGCGUACAAAGAGCGGGUUGGGGCAAGCCGGCAGCGGGCGUUUCCGGCCCAAGCGGACCGGCGCCGCCAUAAACCCCAGGGCAGAUCCGCUGACACUUCACGCCUGCGAGACCCGGACACCGUCAGUGACCCGGACACCGUCAGUUCUGGAUCAGGAAUGCAACAAUUUGCUGGGGCAGGGGGGGAGAUGAGGGAUGGACCUUUUCAAUCACGUGCUUCCGGAGGGGCCCUGACUAGUGUCCUCUUCACUGCUGACAGAUACCGAAGCGCGGUCUCUACACCCCUGGGCCUAUGUUCCCCCUCGGCCCGUAUCAGCUUCUUAGAUCUGGGUUGGAGCCUUGACCUGCCCUUUUCUCCCAUACCAGACUCGAAAGCGGAUGCAUCCAUUUCUGUGGUAGGCUAUAGGAAAGCGGACAGCGCCCCCAGCGCCUGGGAGGCCUGGCUGGGGCGGCACUUAACGGAAAACCUGAAAUUGGUGAUGGACGACUCGGUUUCAGCCUCAUUCUUACAAAGAAGGCUGGAGAGAGAUGGCCUGAGGUAUAGGGAAAGGACGACAAGUAAAUCUGCCCUCGCCUACAUUUCCCAACAUGCAAUGCGAAGCCGGGAAGCUGACGACACAUCGGACAGUUACCCUGCUAGUCAGACGACGGCGCAGGACCCUCGGACUCCAUUUCCCAUCGGCCCUGUGGGGAGUGGCGGAAACCCGCCCCGCCCCUCAUUGUGCGGCUCCUACUAAACGGAAGGGGCC